AUGCCCGAAUGGACCGAACUCGAUCACGCGUACCACUACGAAGGCUACUCCUGCGUAAGAGGAGAUGUAUCCUAUUAUCAGUUUGACUCCCUCAAACGCGAUGGAUUGCUUCCAGGUGUUACAUACAAUGGUUAUCUUACAUUACUAGGUCAACAUCGUCGACACGUCAACCCUGCUGAGCCCUCCCGGGGCACCCAAAAUCGUUCUUUUUUUGCAAUCCCUAAUUGCCCCAGCCUCAGUCUUAGAACCUCGCGAACUCUCAGUAGUGUCUCAGACUUAGACACUCAAUCAUGCUCUUUCUCCACUAGUGCCCUAAUUAAGGCAGGAGAUAGGACAACCUAUCCAAAACCUGACUUUACAGAUAUACCCAAAUCCAAAUGGUCCACACAUGUCAUAAGUCAUCUCCUAGAUGACAAAUUCAAGUCCGAACUAGAAUCAAUCAUCCGGGGUUUAAAGGCCAAUACGUUCCAUGCCAUCUAUGUCACUUUAUUUGGGAAAGGUCAGUAUUACUCCCUAGGAAGUCAGUUCAUCAUAAAUAAUCAAGCCGAUUUAGGUAAGAUAAUGACCCAUUUACAUAACCAAUAUGAGUUACUACAGAAUCGCUAUGACUUGAGUCCAACUAGCCGUAGUCUAGUCAAGGUAAGAGAGCUCACAGGAUAUUCAAGUAAAGUAAACGAGUUCUUUUUUGAUAGAAUGGAGACGUAUCCAUUUACUCAGCCCCACAAGUCCAGUGGAAGUAUAAUGAAUGAACAAUAUUAUCCGUACAUCGAUCUCAGCGCAUUGUCUAUAAAUAAAAUAGAAGGGCUUCAAAUCGUUGAAGAGAGCGCAUUACAUGUCAAAUUCCUGUGGGUAUCAGAGGGAAGGACGUACUUUGUAGAGUACGACAAAAUAAUGCGUCAAGGAACCAGCUCAAACAUCGAUCGUCAGAUACCAUUUUCAGAUACAGAAUUAAGUAAUGGUUUAAUAAAACGGAGUUCGCAAGGAUUCGAAAUCGUAAGCGUAGGAUUCUAUACACGUAGUGCAACAGGUGAACCAAUCUCCAAAUAUUACCAAAUAGACAAGUAUACUAGCCUAGGUGCAAUGCUUGAGUCAGUAUUUAAAGAUGUAGAAGAAACAGGUGUCAAGUACGUGUACGUCCACAAUUGGGCAGGCUUCGAUUCGCUGUUUUUACUUAAGUACCUACAAGCCCACUAUGAAUUAAAUCCGUUUACGUUUGAUGGCCAAACGCUGAGUCUCAGAGUGUAUAAAAAAGGUGCCAAAAAACUCACGCAACCCCUUUAUACGAUAAAGGACUCGCUGAAACUAUUACCGCUCUCGCAAUCCACACUCACGCACUCAUUCGCAGUGUCCACGCAAAAGGGUAUAUUUCCCCAUUACUUCGACCCGCGAGAACACACGUUGGAUGGUAGCAUCAACUAUCUGGGUUUAUUACCGUCGUACGAAUAUUACGAACCAAAACGUGUAAGUCCCUCUGCCUAUGCCGCACUUGCCCAAGAGUAUAGUUCACAACCGUGGGACUACGUGAAGGAACUCGAAAAGUAUCAGAUGGACGACUGUAAGUCGUUACAUGAGGUGCUAGACAAGUACACGACUCUCACUUACCAAACCCUAGGAAUCGAUGUUCAUCAAAAUCUAUCAAUCCCAGGCUCAACUUAUAAGCUGUGGCAAGGUCUAGAGAACCCAAAACUACAAAGCCAAGGUCAUGAUGUAUAUAAACUACCAAGAAAUGUAUCAAACAUUAUUCGAGAUAGUUACUAUGGAGGUCAUGUGGACGUUUAUAUGCCUUAUGUAGAAUCCAACGGCAAUUUCACCUGGCAUCACUAUGACGUAAACAGUUUAUACCCGUACGCAAUGCUAAACCCGUUGCCAACAGGUAAGCCCACAUAUGUAAAGUAUCCUUCAUGGGAUAACAAUUUUUUCGGAUUCAUAAACUGCACAGUAACGUGUCCGGAUACGAUUCCGUAUCCGACGUUACCGAUACGUCAAGAUCACACAGUGAUCUUUCCGUCCGGAACCUUCACUGGAACGUGGUUCAGUGAAGAGUUAAGAAAUGCCGAGGCAAAAGGUUACAAAAUCGAAGCAAGCCAUUGGGGUCUAACUUUUAACAAAACUGAGGGUCUCUUCACAACACUGAUAAAUACCUUAAAUAAAAUCAAAGUCAAUAGUAGCAGCGGUCCGACCAAGAACCUCGCUCUCCGAACAAUCAGUAAGUUAUACAUGAAUAGUUUGUAUGGAUACUUUGGUCUCCGCGAUACAAGCGACACAACAGGAUACUAUGGUGAAGGAGAAAGUGAAGAAAUCCACCUUUUAUACAAGGUUAAAAAAGUAAUCCCAUUUGAAGAUGGAAGUGAAAUGAUAACCCAUUCUCGCCUACCUAUAUUAGACUCAAUCGAACUAUUCGAUCCCGAAAGUAAACAUUUAAAAGACCUCGAGGGAGAAGAGGAGGGUUUACAAGUCAACGUAUCGAUAGCAUCCGCAAUUACUGCCUACUCCCGAGUGCUGAUAAAUGAGUACAAGUACCAAAUCCACGCACGAGGUGGAAAGGUAGCAUAUUCAGAUACGGAUUCGCUAGUAACGAAUAUCAAACUAGACUCAAGCGCAGUAUCAGGAACAGAACUAGGAAAAAUGAAACUUGAAAAUGAAAUUACUAGAGGAUAUUACCUAGCGCCUAAGCUCUAUUAUGAGUCUAUCCCCGAAGGUUCUCCGGUUAUCAAAUCACGAGGAUAUGGGAAACCUUUAACAGAGUCGGAUUAUGAAAAAAUGUAUCAAGGGGAAACGCUAAACCUAACAAAGGACAAGUGGUUCCGUCUAAGCACGGAACACCGGGUUCAAAUUAGAACUGUCACUCUCACGCUACGUAGCGUGAUGACCAAACGUGAGAAGGUGUACGAUCCGACAACAGGAGCAUGGACAAAUACCCGGCCCCUGCGUCUAGCAGAAGCAGCACCAAUUACAGAAAUGCUUGGAGUUAUAGCUCCAGAAGGAGCGCCAACUCCCCUAACCCCACCCCCGGUAACAGUAGAUAGAACCAUUAUAAAUAGAGCAGUAACUGAGGUCCUUGAAGCCGCUGAAAGACGGCAUACUGAAGCACUUGAGGCUCAACCAAUGGAGGCUAAAGACGUGCGGCAUCAAGAACAUCUUGAAGCCCAAGAAAGACGGCACUCUGAGGCUAUGGCUAAACAAGCAGCCCAAUUGCAGGCCAAUAUGGCAAAAGAAUCAGCAGCUAGAGAAGCCAAACUUGAAGAAAUGAUGGCUAAACAAGCCUCCGAUGCGGCUGCUAGAGAAGAAAAAUUGGAGGCCCAAGCAGCUGUGAUGGCUCAAGAUGCAGCCAAACUUGAAGAAAGGUUGGCUAAACAGGAGGCCCAAGCAGCUGCAAUGGCUAAAGAAGCGGCUGCUAGAGAAGCUGCGGUGGCUAAGCAAGCAGCUGCGAAGGCUAAAGAAUCUGCAGCUAGAGAAGCUGCGAUGGCAAAACAAUCAGCAGCAAGAGAGUCUAAACUUGAGGCCAAGAUGGCAAAACAAUCAGCUGCUAGAGAAGCCAAGAUGGCUAAGCAAUUAGAAAAGAUGGCUAAGCAAGUAGAAAAGAUGAAUAAGGGAGCGGCCAAGAUGGCAAAACAAUCAGCAGCAAGAGAAGCCAAACUUACUAAACAAAUAGCCCAGCAGGCUAAACAAAUAGCCCAGCAAAAUAAACAAAUAGCCCAGCAAAAUAAACAAAUCGCCCAAUUACAGUCUCAAAAUAAGGCCAUCUUAGACUUAUUACAGUCUCAGGCUCAACAAACCGCUCCAACCGUAAAAGGCCGAGGCAAAGGCAAAGGGGGUAAAAAAUGA